UGUCCGUUCAGUAAAUGUUGGUCCUAGAGGACAUUUAGCUUAAACCAGGAGAAAGCAGUCAAGUCAGCUAAGAUCCCCUUUUCUCUUUCACAUCUUUAUGCAAAGCUUUCCUGGAUCAUCUAGCUUUAAAAUGGCAUCUUUGUUAUUUAACUCUCAAGCAAGGAACUAUCAAAGCUUUAGUAAUUCUUGAGUUGCAGCUCAUGAUUUCUUAUCAGUUUAAUGAGUUAUUUUACUCUUUUUGUUUUAUCAGGUGUCACUGGGUGGUUUAAGGAUGGUUUUGACUCAGCAGCAGACCUGGAGGUAGCGACACAUCGCCUGUGCCUUUGGGCCCCUGGAACCCGGACUGGAGAUGGUCCACUGGGCCGGACAGUGGUGGGCAUGCGUCUGGUUCCAGACUGUGCUGGCCUUUGCCCUGGCCAACUGUGCGUCAUUGGCCCCCAGCCCUGUCAACUUCUCUGUCGUGUACACAAUGCCUUUCUUCCAAGCUGGGGGUCCCAUCCAAAACAUAGUCAACAACUCAUUUUACCAAGAAGUGUACGUGGCCUCUAAGAAUGUGAUCGAAGCUGUCAACAGAAGCCUGGAGAAGGUGUGGGAGCUCCGCACUGGGCCAGUGGGGGGCUCAGAGUGUCACAUAUGCAAUUUGUGUGAGAUUGACAAGAAUCACAACUUUCCAGAGGACACAGACAAUCAGGUGUUGCUGUUGGAUACACUCUUUAUGUAUUUAUAUUCUUGUGGAAGUUCUCAGUACGGCGUAUGCUAUUUCCACCAGCUGAACCCAAAUGGAGAGCCACCCUCUCUUUCAAAGUGUUUGUUCAGAAAGGGCUCAAACUCUGCUGCUAACUGUCCUGACUGUGUGGCUAGCCCUCUUGGUACGAAAGUCACAAUGGUGGAGGAGGGUCAGACUGUCUACUUCUUUGUCGCGGCCAGUGUUAAUGACAGUGUCACUCAGCGUUACGGCAGGAAGUCUUUAUCAGUUCGCCGACCACUGGCCACAGAAGAUGGUUUCUUCAGUGAUGUGCGUGGUCUGACUGUCCUUCCCAGCCUGCGAAAGACAUACCAUAUUGAAUAUCUUGUCUUCGGCACUCUUCUGAAUCCAAACACAUUCCGCUCACUCGCUCCUCUCGUAUUUGUUUUCUACACACUCACGCUUACUCCAUUCCACGCCACACCACCAGGGAAACAGAUCGGGGGUACGGACAAGUCCGAGAACCUAAGCACAAGAGAACUGCGGUUAGCAUAA